AGGAAGAGCGCAAUCUCAUAUUUAGACGUGUUCAACUAAAACAGGAGUUUGUGUGGAAGCAGAAAGACCUCAUCUACAACCCAGCCGCUGCUUACUCGCAACUAUGCACCGCCUAGAAACUCUUCUAAUUAAGUGACACAUUUUAAACCGGGUUUAACUCAGCUGUGGAGCAACAUGGGGACAGCUUUUGCCAUUUGUCUUGUUUUUAUCGGAUGCUGUUGUAAUGUGGUGUCUCUGGAGCUGCUUGUAAGACAGUUUCCAGGAUGCGGCAACAUCGUCACCUUCUCUCAGUUUCUGUUCAUCGCAUUAGAAGGUUUCAUCUUUGAGACUAACUUUGGGAGGAAGAAACCAGCGAUUCCCAUCAGUAACUAUGUGAUCAUGGUGACCAUGUUCUUCACCGUCAGUGUGAUCAACAACUAUGCCCUUAACUUCAACAUCGCUAUGCCCUUACACAUGAUCUUCAGAUCAGGAUCACUGAUCGCUAACAUGAUCCUGGGAAUAAUCAUCCUGAAGAAAAGGUAUACACCCAGUAAAUAUCUAUCUAUAGCUUUAGUCUCAGCUGGUAUCUUCAUUUGCACCAUCAUGUCUGCCAAACAAGUGAAUAUGUCUGGUGAGGGAUCAGAAGAGCAGAGCUUUCAAGCCCUCAUGCACUGGCUGUUAGGUAUCGCCAUGUUGACCUUUGCCCUGCUGAUGUCAGCAAGGAUGGGCAUUUUCCAAGAGACGCUGUACAAAAAGUACGGAAAACACUCCAAGGAAGCCCUCUUCUAUAAUCACUGCCUGCCUCUGCCGGGCUUCCUGCUGCUCUCCUCAAACAUCUACAACCACGCCGUCUACUUCAGUCAGAGCACUCCCGUGGCUGUUCCUGUGGUUGGACACUCAAUGCCCAUAAUGUGGAUCUACCUGAUGGUCAACGUCAUCACACAGUAUGUGUGUAUCCGUGGCGUGUUCAUCCUGACCACAGAGUGUGCCUCACUCACCGUCACUCUGGUGGUGACCCUGAGGAAGUUCCUCAGCCUCAUCUUCUCUAUCCUGUACUUUCAAAACCCUUUCACUCCCUGGCACUGGGUGGGUACAGCGGUGGUGUUCCUGGGCACUCUGCUGUACACGGAGGUGUGGAGCAGUAUGCGGGCCGCUCUGCGUGGACCUGACAUCAAGGAGAAGAAGGCCGAGUAAAGAGGAAAAAGAGACUUUUUAGUGGAGUAGAAAAAAAUCAACAAGAGAUUGUUUUUUGUCAACUAUCAUGCAGUCAGUUUCUAGUUUUUCAUUUUGUUCAUACUUAUCUCCUCUCGUACAAAAUCACAACAUUUCAAAGACUAAAGCUGGUGAUAUUCUUUACUAUCAACACUGCCAAUAAAUUCUAGAAAGAAAUAAUGUAUUCAUUAAUAUUUGAAUACCUUUUUGCUCUGUCUGUCACUCAACCUAAAGGCCAUUUGUUCCUGAUUUAGGGUAAUUGCCUUCCUCGGCAUCAGUUAGCAGAAAGGCACAGUCAUCUGUUAGCUUGAGAGUAUGGCGUCCUUAGCAGCUGAAGAGGUGGACAUUACCUUUAAGAAGGUGGUGGAGACCAAAAACAGAGCUAAAAUAGAGUCAAUAAUUGACUUGGUAUUGGCAGGUGACCACAAACAGAGGUCCAAAUGUUAAGAAAAAUGGCUGCUAUGCAUUUGCUGGAUGAGUUGGUAGGUAACUUCAUAGUUGGUAACUUUAGGGCUGUAUCAUUUAUUAAAUGAAUACAUGUCAAAAAAAACAAAAAAAUCUUUAUCGAUUACUUAGGAAAGUCAUUUUUUCAAGCAAAAAUCUACAUAUUUGAUGGUUUGGAGAAGAGCUUUUGAUUGUUGGUCAGACCAAACAAUGAAUUGGAUGAGGUUGAGUGGUGCUCUGUAAAAUUAUGAUGCUUUUAAAUCCUUUUGACUUAACAAUCAGCAGAUUUAUCUAUUAUAGAAAAUAGUGAAUGCCUGGGAUACUGUCUGUCAAUGUUAUGUGUCUAUAUCUCUCACUGCCCUGAACAAUUAAUGCAAGUUAAGAGUAAUGGUUAAAUAUUUUCUUAAAACAGCCAUAUCAUGUGAUUUAAAGCUUAUAGUACUAAAUAAAGGUGCAUCUUUUGGGGACUAUUUUCAGCAGUGGAUGAAUACAAUUAGGCGCAUUAAUCAGUGUUUUCAGUAGCAGAAUGCUUUUAAGCUUGACUUUGAAUACACUACAAUGUGGGGGUCCAUUUCUCAUUGAGCUCUCAUGGCUUUGGCUUUGUUUUGUAUGAUUAAAUAAUGGUUGAUUUUCUUCUUUUUAUAACUUUACAUUUGUUAUUAAUCCAAAUAUAAGAUUAUGAAAAUACAGAAUAUCACCAGCUGUGUUCUUUACCAUCUGGCCCUUGUUAACAUUCAAAGGUGAACAAUCAUGGUGCAGGUUCUGUUGUCUUUAAUGUUGUUUGAAUAUUUAUUUUCUUUGUCAUGACCGUUAGUUUACUUGAAAGCUGAUUUUCUACACUUGGAUUACAUUGAACACACUGUGAUGCUGAAUGCAGAAUAUGCAUUACUGUUAAUGCAGACUGUGUGAAUACACAGAGUGAUUAUUUAUGAACCUCAUGUGUCAGCUGGAAUUGUUUUUCUUAUGUGACAGGUUGUCUCAGCUGUGUUCAACCAGUGUUUGUCAAAAAGAAACUUUGUUCAAUAAACCUUCACACUCCCUGCGCACUGACAGUAAAA